UUGCAUCAAUACACCAUGGCUUCCGAUACGUUAGAAGGCCAAUGCCUCACGCUGUUCGCGAUUACCAUGUUCUUAUGCGUCGUCUGCUUUGUGAUGAUCACAUUACGAUGCUGUACUAGGAUAUCAAUCAAAGGAUUCGGCUCGGACGAUUGGCUUAUGCUAGUUGGCACGGUACCUAAUCUCUCCAACAAUCACUAUAUGUUGACCUUGUCUGAUCGAGUCUUANNGGUGUUUGGUAUCAUGACAUUCAUCACUGUCCUAUGUGGAUGUAAGGCAGGCUUGGGUCAACACGACUACGACCUCGAAGAAGGCGACUACUCAAAGAUUAAGCGUGCCCUCAUGACAUUCCAAGUGCUCUACUGCGCCAGUCUCAUUUUUGUCAAGAGUAGUAUCUGCGUGGCUCUCAUCCGCCUCGCCAUAUCCAAACGCUUAUUAUACACGCUCUACGCCAUCUUGGCACUCAGUGCCAGCUAUGGUUUCAUCGCCAUGAUGACAGUACUGCUGCAGUGCAAACCACUGAAAGCAACAUGGGACCCCUCUGCUGGCACAUGUUCCAAUGAAGCCAUCAUUGUACACAUCUCGUACUUUGUGACAGCAUGCUCUAUCACGACUGACUUUGCUUGCGCCGUCAUGCCUUUCAUCAUUCUCUGGAAGUUGCAGAUGAGGAAACGACUCAAGUUUACGGUUGCUGCUAUGUUGAGUCUCGACAAAGUCUCCAACGUCGUCCUGUGGUCGAUAAUCGAAACCGGCAUCGCCAUCAUCGUCGGCUCCAUCCCAUCCCUAAAACCCCUGGUCAAAUCCAUUCCCUUCUUCGGAUCUCAUCACUCCCGCGCCGAUAGAACGAGUGUUAACCCUCUCAACGAUUAUCAGUCUUAUGCACUACGGUCUCCUGCUCCUCAUGGCCAUAAGACGCUUAUCUCAUGUCCAAGUGCUAAGGACCGUGACAAGGAGGAUGAAGAGAGUAUGAAGGAUUCAUUGAUCAAUGAUCCGGGAAUCAUACUCGUGCGUUCUGAAGUACAGGUCGAAGAGAGAUCUAGGCCAAAUACUGGAUACAAGAGUUUCAAGAGCUUCACAUUUUGA